CAGCAGUCCGGAAGAGCCCAGGCGCAUUGCAUGCUGGGAAAGCACGUGUGGCGUAAUUCCAGAGUUGUCGGUCCGAAUUGGUGGCUACCAUGUCGUCCAAAACAAAUGCGAAGGACCAAGUGGGUGCGCCUGCGGAUGAGCGUUUUUCAUGUGUCAAGCGAGACCCUCGCUUCUGGGAGAUGCCCGACCGCGAGCGAAAGAUCAAGAUCGACAAGCGCUUCACGUCCAUGUUCCACGACGAGCGCUUCAAAGUCAAAUACACGGUGGACAAGCGGGGGCGGCCUGUCGAGCGCUCCACUGCCGAGGACCUCAGACGCUUCUACCAGAUCUCUGAAGAUGAAAAUGAUUCAGAGGAUAAUGACGAUGAGGAAGGGGAGGCAGAGAAGCAAGUCAAGAGAGGUGAUGAAGAGGUGGAGGAGGUAGAAGAGGAGGAUGGCGAGUCACAAAAUGAGGAGGGCGAGGACCCCGACUCGGAUUCCGGGGAUGACAGCGGUCCGGACUUGGCUCGUGGCAAAGGCAAUGUAGAGACCAGCUCGGAUGAGGACGAGGAAGACGUGGACGGUGUCCUGCAGCGUGAAGAAGCCGAGAUCCAGCAUGACUGGGGUGAACUCUGCAAGGACGCCGCACGCAGCGAGCAGGUCUGGCGCCGACUGGCCGUGUGCAACGUGGACUGGGACCGCUUGAAGGCCAAAGACCUGUUGGCCAUCCUUAACUCCUUCAAGCCCGAUGGGGGCGCCGUGCUGUCCGUCAAGAUUUACCCGUCUGAGUUUGGCAAGGAGCGGCUCAAGAUGGAGGAGUCCCAGGGACCACUGGAGCUCAAGGCGCUGCCCGAUGACUCGGAGGACGACACCGAAGACGACAGGUUUUACCGAGAGAGGAACCGCAACUACCAGUUCAAGCGGCUGAAAUACUACUACGCCGUGGCCGAGUGCAACACUGCUGCCACCGCCGCCAAAAUCUACCAGGAGUGCGACGGCUUUGAGUAUGAGAGCAGCUGCUCCGUUCUCGACCUCAGGUUCAUUCCCGAUGACAUGACGUUCGAGGACUCUCCCAAAGACGUUGCAACUGAUGUCAACUUGGCGAUGUACACACCAAAACUUUUCACUUCGGCAGCCAACGCCACCUCAAAGGUGGAGCUUACCUGGGAUGAGACGGACCAGGACCGUGUGAGUGCCCUCAGCAGGAAGUUCAACAAAAGCGAGCUUCUGGACAUGGACUUCAACGCCUACCUGGCAUCCUCCAGCGAAGAGGAUGACGUUGAGGAAGACAAGGAGGAGGAAGGUGAGCAGGAAGAUGAGAAUCUGACGACGACGAAGAAGACGAGCAAGAGCCUGGACCAGAUGGGGAAAUACCAGCAGCUGCUGCGAGGACUCCAAGACAAAGAGAAGAAACGGCAGCAGGAGGACAAAAACAUGGAGAUGGAGAUCACAUGGGUUCCCGGCCUGAAGGAGGUGACAGAGCAGCUGGUGAAGAAAAAGCUGGAGCAGAAGGAGCAGCAGCUAACGCCUUGGGCGGAAUUCAUGCAGAAGAAGAAAGACAAGAAAAAGAAGAAGACUCAAAAGAAAGACGACAACAAGGACGACGAGCUGAGCGAUGACCGACUUCCUUCUGACGUAGACCUCGAUGACACAUUCUUCAGACAGGAACUUGCGUCCGUGGACAUGAAGACCAAAAGCAAAGACAAGAAAAAGAAGAAAAACCAUGAUGAAGAGCGUACGGCAGGCGAACAACAACACAUGGACAAAAACAAGGCUGAGAUGUCGCUGCUCAUGGAUGACGAUGAAGACGACAAGCACAAACACUUCAACUACGACAAGUUGGUCGAGCAGCAGAACCUGAGCAAGAAGAAGAAGAAGAAAAUGAUGAAGAAUGGACAGGUGCCCCCCGAGGACCAAUUCCAGGUGGACGUGUCGGACCCUCGCUUCCAGGCCGUGUUCACGUCGCACCUGUUCAAUCUGGACCCGUCGCACCCGAGCUUCAAACGAACGCGAGCCACGCAGAGCAUCCUGGACGAGAAACGCCGGCGACGACGACACGAAGAGGAACGGCGGCGUCUCGUGGAUGACGCCGUAGCUCAGUCGGUACCCGAGAAACGCGCCGACCAGGACGUUGCCCCCGAGACGUCGAUGGACGCUAGCUUGUCUUUGCUGGUCAAGUCCAUUAAGAGCAAGACGCACGACUUUCAAGCACGGAAGAAAGCAAAAAUACUUUGAACAUCAAACUUCACUUCCCGGAUGGACACACAACUUGCAAACAAACAUCAUAACGUUGACCUUGUUGAAUGGAGCUUGUCCGUUUCGCCACUUCAGUAAUUCUGGAACAGUGUAUUUCAAACGUUUGACAAGUACCACCUAAAAAAAUCAUUAGACCUCCAACUACCACCAUCAUGUCCAACAUACAGUAUAGGGUAGUAGGCCCAAGUGUUCAACAAAAACAAGGUGGUUUUAUUCCUAAAAAUUACAUUAUCAUUGUAAGCCACUGUAACAUUACGCAGCUUGAACAUUAACACUGUGUUUAAGUACAGGAAAAUACAAAAAAAAAAAUGUUUUUAAUGCAAAUGUACUAAAAAGUUAAAUACAACUGAGCUUUACAUGGGCAUUGAUCAUUUCACAUACCACUAUAGAGCCUGCGUACCACACUAGGAGAAAGACUGCUCUAGAACAGUGGUUUUGAAAGUUGAGACAAGAACACCUAAAAAAAAUACUUGGCUCCUCUAGUACCACCAUCAUGACCAACAUUCAAGUACAAUCGUGUUGUUAAAAUACAGUCUUCCUCAAAAACAUGAGAGGUUUUAUUCCAAAUUACACAACACUGCGCUUAAAUACAGGAAAAUAAAGUUAAAUGAUAAAAUGUACUACAAUUAAGUUAAAUAAAAAUUGUACCUAAAUAAAUGUCUGAAAAACGUUUUUGAAAUUAAAUCGAAAUGCAUUGAACUCAAAAAUAAAAUAUAGUUGAACUGUACUGAACAAAUGUACUGUACUGGAUUUAAAAAAACAUUUAAGCCACUGAUAGCUAUUAUGCACAGUGUGAGGGUGCCAGUGUAGCACUAGUGGUACAAUAGAACCACACUUUGAGAAUCGCUGUUCUGGAACAGCCUGAAACAGGACAGAAACGGCAGCUAAUUAGAAUUCAUUGUGUCGUCGAAGAAUUAAACUGGCAUGUUGGCGUUCAUUUUUUUUUACAUUUAAAAGUAUUUAACCAAUGAUGUGCACAUUUGUUAUUAGGUCAAUAGGGUAUGGUUUUCCACAUGCUAGCCACAUCAAGCAACAAACAUCUUUUGUUAUCAGUUCAUUUGUGUAAAGAACAAAUAUAUGCUUAAUUCCAAA